UUGGAACAAACUAUCAAAAAACAUUAUAGCUAGCAGCGACUACGAGGGUGUGGUAACAGUUUGGGAUGUAAAUAGAGGGCAGAGUGUGUUGGAGUAUGAAGAGCAUGAAAAACGUGCUUGGAGUGUUGAUUUUUCAUGUACAGAACCGUCAAGGUUGGUGUCUGGUAGUGAUGAUUGCAAGGUACUUAAUUAUUUUAUUUAUUGUAGAAAUUUUUUUGUUCAUGGUUGUAUGCAAACAGGGUGUUGUGUAUUCUUAAAGAUAAAAAUAGUUCACUAUAUGCUUCAAAAUAGAUGUGGGUUGUAGAUUAUGUGAUUCUUCUUGAUGUACUCUUAGUGUAGCAUCAUUAUUUGAUUGUGCAUCUUCUUGCUGCUUCUAUUUCCUUGCAAAAACAUUGGCAUUAUAGGCUGCUGAAAAAUUUGUGUUCCUCAUUUAUCUGCAUUUUCUAACACAUUUAUAUGCACAACAGAUGUUUGGAUUUUAACUGUUUUUUUUAAUUAAAAAGUAAAGAUCAAGUUUUGUUCGGUCAGCUUGAUCCUUAUUCAUUUGAAAAAGGAUAAAAGUGCCCUUAAAUUGACUCCGUCAAAAUAAAAGUUUGUGAUUGUCAAUGUUUUCAAUCAAUUAACAGCUUUUGGCGCAUGAACUAUUGAAAAAUCAGGGGUACACCAUGCAUUCAAAUCAUAUGGAUAAGAUAGAAACUACAUAAAUAAAUAAAAAAACAUUAGAGAUCAUGAUUGUAAUCUUUUUCACCAAAAAAAAAAAAAAAAAAAAGAAAAAGAAAAAACCCUCCAAUUCAUCUUCUUCCUUGACCGCUAAGAAACCUGAACGUGCAAGCUCCAUUGUUGACUGUGAAUAUCUUUAGAUUUCCAUAUUGAUCUUCGAGAUUUAGCGUCGAAUCCCUUCUGAAGUGGUUCAAUCCGCAACCCGACCAUGGCGUCGCAUGCCGAUUACCUUGAGAAAAUGCAGCUUCGUCAGGAUUACAGAAAUUUCUGGCAUACGGAUCUCACGGGCACCAUUUCUGCCAAUACGCCUUAUUGUUGCUUUUCUAUAUUCUGUGCCCCAUGUGCUUCUUACCUUCUGCGAAAACGAGCUCUUUAUGACGAUAUGUCGAGAUACAAAUGCUGUGGUGGUUACAUGCCUUGUAGUGGCAAAUGUGGAGAAGGCCACUGCCCUGAAGCUUGUCUAUGCACCGAGGUUUUCUGUUGCUUUGCUAAUUCAGUUGCAUCAACACGUUUCAUGUUGCAAGACGAGUUCAAUAUACAGACAACUGAGUGUGAUAACUGCAUCAUCGGCUUUAUGUUGUGCCUCUCACAACUGGCUUGCAUAUGCUCCAUAAUUGCUUGCUUGCUUGGAAGUGAAGAGCUUCAAGAAGCCUCGGAUAUAGUGACCUGUUUAUCUAACCUUGUCUACUGCAGUGUAUGUGCGUGCAUGCAGACACAACACAAGAUGGAGUUAGACAAAAGGGAUGGCAAGUUUGGACCCCAACAAGCCAUGGCUGUGCCUCCUACACAGCAGAUGUCACGGAUCAAUCAACCGAUCCCCGGUCCAGUCGGAUAUCCUCCUCCGAUGUAUGGACAACCCUUUGGACACCCACCCCCUCCAUAUGUUCAAGGCUACCCGCCCCCUCCCUCGGCUCAAGGCUACCCGCCACCUCCCCUGGCUCAAGGCUAUGCAUCCCCUCCCCCAACACAAGGCUACCCGCCCCCUCCCUCGGCUCAAGGCUACCCGCCACCUCCCCUGGCUCAAGGCUAUGCAUCCCCUCCCCCAACACAAGGCUACCCGCCCCCUCCCUCGGCUCAAGGCUACCCGCCACCUCCCCUGGCUCAAGGCUAUGCAUCCCCUCCCCCAACACAAGGCUACCCGCCCCCUCCCUCGGCUCAAGGCUACCCGCCCCCUCCCCCAGGUCAAGGCUACCCACCUCCUCCUCGUGCUGAAGACUAUCCGCCACCGGCUUAUCCUCUGCAUCAGCCACCUGGUCAAUACAAGUGAUUUGUUCCACAUCGUUUUCCUCCCCGUGUGGUAUCCGUUGCCUGAAUCUGCCUCCCUAACAGUAAUGAAGCUUUCAUGUCCUAGCUUUUGACGUUUGAUUGUGCGUUUCAUUGUUGAAACCUAUAUCGUGAUGUUUUUAUGUGUACAAAUCAUAUAUACUUUCAUUGUCGACUUAAGCAUUGAGCUACUAUGUACAACUAUACUUCGUUUGGUCUUGAGAGAAACCAACAAAAGAAACAACCUACUCAGGACUGUUAUUUAAUACAAUUCUUGCUCUUUCUUUUCA